UGUCACAAAUCAAACAUAAGGUUGCCUUUUGUAAUGUCAUAUCAAAAAUUGACAUUGAGCUCGACCCUGCUAAGCCAUGGCUAUAAUUUAAAUACUGUACGUCCGGCAAAAUUAGGCCAAAUAACAACAUAAAAGGGAAAACAGUUGACAAUCAUCGUGUAGUCGAAAAAAUGGCCAACGCGGGUACGUGUGUCGCUGCUUUAUGUUUAGUUAUGGUCGUCGUUCAAAGCGCACGGAUACGAAGAAGCGAAUAUUUGUUCGACUACCUUGAUGACGCGAGUAUCGCCGGCGAUCACAUUAUAGGCUUUGUGGGCGACGACUGCAGUGACGAUGACAGCAGUGAAAGUGUGGAGCUGGGCUACGUCAUCAUCAACAAGCGAGAAGCGCCCGAGGAGCCACAUGCGCGUAGCUCUCCGUCUGAGGUAGCAAGUGACACCGCACUACCGCUGCCUAACACCAACAACGCUGUUUUUGUGUAGAAGGCUGAUUGGACUGGCAGAGAGACGGUCGAACGAAUUCACCAAAAACAUCAUGCACAGUUAAGCACGAAAAAUAAAAAUAAAUACGUUUGGGUCAGAUACCAGUGUUGUUGAGAACUUUUGGUUGUGCCAGAUAACGUUGUUGGUAAAUUCGAUGUAUUCCUUAUUUACCUAAUACAACUUAGAAAACGUUAGUGGUCAGACUAUUGACCACCGUUUAAAAGAAUGCCCAAAAUUUACCAAUAGUCGUAUCCACCAUGAAAGAACCUGUGAUUUUUUGAAACUGAACCUAUAUGAAAUAUCAAGCGUCAUUACAAAAUAAUCAUCAACAGAAUCGUUCACAAAACAUAUCAAAGAAAAUAUCAAUAGUCUAAAUAAGUUGUUUUAUUUUAUAGGUAGAUUUAGUUUAGUUAUAGUUUA